AGUCUAGUUGGACCUACAGGAUGAAGGCUGCAGCUCCGGGAGGAUUCCUGGUGCUGCCGUGGCCCGGUGGAGGCGGCGCCGGUGAUGGCGUUGGACCAGACUCUGGUGUGGGGGAGGAGGGCUGGGGGAGGCUGCUGCUGAGGAGUGGAGCUCUGCUGGGAGUCACUCUGAUCUGUAUGGCGGUGCUGAGGAAGUGGAUUGCAGGUGGAGUGUGUCGCUGUUCGGUUCGUCUGGAUGGGAAGACGGUUCUGAUCACUGGAGCGAACACCGGCAUUGGCAAAGAGACGAGCAGAGACAUGGCUGGAAGAGGGGCCCGGGUGGUGAUGGCGUGCAGGGACCUGACACGGGCGGAGCAGGCGGCUGAGGAGGUUCGCCGGUCAACGGGGAACGGAAACGUGGUGAUCAGACACCUGGACCUGGCCUCUGUCUACUCUGUUAGACAGUUCGCCAAAGACUUCCUGGACAGUGAAGAUAGACUGGACAUCCUCAUCAACAACGCAGGAGUGAUGAUGUGUCCAAAAUGGCUGACAGAAGACGGUUUUGAGACUCAGCUGGCUGUCAAUCACCUGGGUCACUUCUUGCUGACCAAUUUGCUGCUGCCGAAGCUGAAGAGCUCCGCCCCUAGCCGCGUGGUCAACGUGUCGUCCAUUGCCCACCGAGGAGGUUGCAUCAACUUUGACGACUUGUUCUUCAGCCGGAGAACCUACAGUCCUCUGGAGAGCUACAGGCAGAGCAAACUGGCCAACGUGCUAUUCUCCAGAGAACUCGCCCGCAGACUCUCAGGUACUGGCGUGUCAUCGUUCUCCCUCCACCCUGGUGUGAUCCGGACUGAACUGGGCCGCCAUGUGGAGGGCUGGUUCCCCCUACUGGGGGCGCUGCUGAGGCUACCGUCGCUGCUGCUCAUGAAGACGCCGUGGCAGGGCUGUCAGACCACUGUGUUCUGUGCCGUGACGCCGGGGCUCGAGGAAUGCUCAGGACGCUACUUCAGUGACUGUGCAGAGAAGGAGACGGCACCGGAGGGACGAGAUGAUGUGGCAGCGAGGAAGCUGUGGGAAGAGAGCGCACGACUGGUCGGAUUAAAGGACACAUGGUGAAAACAGGAAGUGAUGGAGCUGCAGCGCCCCCAGCAGGACAGAAGAGAUGAAACACAACAUCUGCUCGUUCUGUUAAUCUGAAUGUCAAGCUUCAUGUUUCUGUUUUUGUCCAAUUCACAUAUGUUCUUUAACUCACACAGCCAAAGUAUUUGGACUCUUGAGAAAGGAUCUGAACACUGUUCAAACAAGAGUAUGUUCCCGUACUGUACCCUGAACAUUGCCUUCAUGUUCUCUUGAUGGUCUCUUGAAGUUCCUUUCGUCUUGUCUUUAUUUUUCCCUGUAUGUUCCUUUGAUACUUGCGAAUCAUUCUUUUAGGAUUUCUUUUUAACUUAACCAUUUAUGUUCUUUUGCUCUCUUUACGUUCCCCUAAUAUUUUAUGUUCCCUUCAUGUUUCCACUAAGUUCUGCCGGUACUCCUGUUUAAGUUUCCAUAUAUGCUCCUCUGCUGUUCUCUUUGUUUCCUAAAUGUUUUCAUCAUGUUUAUUCAUAUCCACUUUAUAUUUCUUUGUAUUCCUGUUUAAUUUUCUCCUGUGUUCCCUUAGUGUGUCUUUAUUAUUCUCUUGAAGUUCCUUCAUCUUUUCGUUAAAAUUACCUUGAUAUUACCUUUAUGCUUUCUUCAUGUUCCUUUGUUGUUCUCUUUAUGUUCCCUUAUUUUUAUUUUAAGUUCCCCUUUCAAAACAUUUCCUUGUUGUUCACAUUGUUUCCUAAAUGUUGCCUUCACAUUUUUUCAUUGUUCCUUUUUAAGUUUCUGUUAAUGUUCCCUCAGUGUUCCCUUGUUUUCCCUUCAAGUUCCCUUAAUGUUCUCUUUAUCUUCCAGCUCCCUGAAUAUUUUAAUGGCUUCUCCUUGUGUUCCCUUUGUUUCCAUCUUUGUGUCCUUCUUGUUCCUCUUCAAGUUCUUGUUGACUGUGUGUCAUUUUCCUUCUCAUUUCCUUGACUCAGCUUGUUGAUGUUUGAAGAAAUUCUGCCUCUGGCUGUGAGAAUGUGAGAACAAGAGGUUCUGUGUUUGCAGACUGUUCUCUGUGGUUUGUUAAGGGCUGACAGACAGUUAGGUUUUUUUUUUCUCAGGGAACCUGAUCUGUGUGCUUAACCAGCGUGGAACGUCUGAGUUUAGAUCAAAUGAAAUAAAUUGAUCCAAAGUC